UUGUAUGAAACAUACUGUAUAAAUAACAUCUAAAAUAACACAAAAGUAAUGAUUAUUAUGUGUGAGGCCCACAUCAGGUUGUGGUGCAUUGUUCAAGGGGGAUUUUGUAGGAAUGCAUGAUGGAUACGAUAAAUUGUACAGACCAGACAGAUAAUGAAGCAGAAUAAUUAGUAAAAAUUAUCCUGAAAAUACUGGAUAAUUUGUUACUGUACUAAGCGUAACUUUUCCUACCUUGGCUUACUCAGUCUCAGCCUUUCUGGUUUAGAGAACUCCUUUUAAUUGUAAUGGACUGGAAGGAACUGAAUGGUGCACCAGAGAGGAACAGCUCAGCCCUGAUCAACUCAUAAAUUCUAGAUAAAAUUGUCAAAAUGCAAAGUGCAGAUGAAUUCCAUUUUUGUGAGUCUUGGUUGCCUUCCAAGCAUGGGGAAUGACUCCCUCUUGUCUUCAGUUUACCACCCAAUCCUACACACUUGACAGACCACUGCGUUCAGCUUCUUCAGGAUGCUUGGCUGUUCCCCCCUCUCAUAACCUCACAUCCUGCUCACAUGUACUGUCUGUCUUGACCCCUGUGUGGUGGAACAAGUUUCCCGUUUCGGUCAGAACAGCUGGAACACUGGCCACCUUUCACUGCAGACUGAAGACUCACCUCUUCAGGCUACACCUCAACCCUGCUACCCAAAUGUGAUUUUUGUCCCUCGCAUAUGCAAUAAUAUGUGUGGAAAUGUACACUAUAGGUUAUGUAAUUGGGUAUAAAAAAGAGGUUUACUUACAUGCGUGUGGUACGUGUUAGCAUUGUAUUUGCAUUAUAUGUGCAUUCCUUAAGUUGUGCAUGUUGUUUUGCACUUACAGGUCAAUUUAGGCAUGUAUUUGUGAUUUCAGCACCAUGUUUGGCAUUGACACUUGUAAAUGUGUGGUCAGUGGUGGCCUGUUUGUGCAACUUUCUAUUCCACUUUAUUAGAUGCACUGCGUCUUGCUGAGUGUGUAAGAAGUCUUGCUGAGUAAGAGCAUCUGCUGAAUGACAGUAAUGUAAUAUGUAAUGCGAGUCACUAUGAGUCUUUUAUACGUGACAUAUCAAUGUGGAAAUGCCACUUUCAUUCUAAUGCAUACAUUGCCCUGGGUUUUUAGGGGACGUGGAGAUAAAUGACAAACGCAUAAUAGCUGGCAAAUGAACAGAAAACAGUGAACACUGUAACUGUCCUCCACAGGAUCUGAAUCACAGGAGCAUUUCAAGUCCUUUGUACACAACUACCAUGCUGCGGCUUGGCUGCUCAUCGACUAUGGUCUGGAACGAAAUUCAGAAGGACGCAUACAAACGCGCAAGCGCGGUACAACCCACUCAACUGCGUCAAUAGAGCAGGAAGUGAACAAGAAAAACAGUCAUGAUUAUUUGUUCGUCAGCCACCUCAGCCAGACAAGUUCAAUAAUUUACUCAGAACAAACUCUCUGCUAUGGUUUUCACCAGAUUCGAUGAACUUUGAGUCGGAAACAACGUGGCUGCAUACAAUAGCCUUCUUCUGGCCCCAUGAACAGCAUACCUUUGCUCAAAAUUUUAUAGUAACUAUUUAGGUACCUGCCAUUACAUUUAAUUAUUCCAUAUUUUACGGUGAAAUGCCCCCAUUAAAAUUCUGCGCGAAUCUUUCGUGGCUCUUCACGGACUUACCGGAGUUCACGCAGCGACUCCACGCUGCAGCUACGUACGGGUUUAGGGCUGUGGAAGCGGCUUGGUUGUACGACUCGGACCUACAGGAGCUGCAGAAAGCAAAGAAGCAGACAGGGCUUGAAGUUGUACUAAUAAAUACUCCUCCUGGCGACGUGACAAGCGGAGAACUUGGCCUCGGAGCGGUCCCUGGCAGGGAGACAGACUUCAGACGGGGUUUGGAUCUGGCAGUGAUGUACGCUAAGGCUCUGGACUGCGGGAGGAUACACUUGAUGGCUGGAAGAGUACCUGUGGGGGUGGAUCGAGCCACUGUUGCCAUGGAGAUGGAGGCAACCUUUGUUGAAAACCUGAAGCAUGCUGCAGAUGUGCUGUCAAAGGAGGGAAUUCUUGGUUUGAUUGAGCCCAUCAAUACCAGGAUAACCGAUCCACGAUAUUUCUUGGACACCCCACACCAGGCUGCUGAGAUUCUGCAGAAAGUUGGCCACUCGAACAUCAUGCUACAGAUGGAUGUGUUCCACUGGCAGAUAAUGGAUGGGAACCUGACGCAGAACAUCCAGACGCUUUUCCCUCUCAUAGGUCAUGUGCAGAUUGCUCAGGUUCCUGGACGGAAUGAGCCGGACAGCCCUGGUGAAGUUAACUUUCCCUACCUCUUCAGCCUGCUGGAGAAGCUGGGAUACCAGGGCUACAUUGGCUGUGAAUACAAACCCCUGGGUACCACAGAGGCUGGUUUAGGUUGGGUGAGAGAGUACUGGAAGAGUCACAAGUGAAGACUAAGGAUUGGGACAGCUUUCCCUGAGGUCUGGAGACCAACAGGGAGCUAUCAGCAGAAUGUAGAUUCAUAAUGAAUAAAAAAAACAUCUACUUCAAAUCUCCAUAGCUUGAUGAUUCAUAAUGAGUCUGCAUAGUUGAUGCGAUUCAUCGUUUGGACAUUAACAUUUUCUUGGCAUUCAAAGUGGUUUAAUGUGUGACUUGAGUUGAAGCUGAUGUUGGUAAGAAAACUGCUUGAGGGGAUAUUGAUGCUGUAAGAUACAGGCUUAAACUUAGCAACGUGAUUAAAAAGAAGAUAAGAUGCUGUCACCAUGAACAGGCAUAACAUGACUCACCCAAAGAAAGCAGUCAAACAAAAGGAGACAUGACCUCAUCAGAUUGGAGACCAAAUAGACUGAUUCUGCAUCUAAGGAGAAUUCACAGGACCUUUUGAUGUCUGCAUGUCGACAAUGUCCUCAUUUGUAGUGUUUGAUCCAAUACCGUAGACUCAUGGCAUGGAACUGCCUUUUACAUCACUGCAUUAUCAACAGCUUGGAAAAUAUGAACACAUCGUUUCUCAGCAAGCAUCUUAAGUUCUGCCAUUAUUUUAUUCUACAACUAAAUAUAUAUGUUUACAACUAAAUAAAUGUUUUAACUGGUUACACCAAACAAAAUGUGUGUAAGGGAUUCUGUAGAUUGGAUUUAGACUGAAAAUAAAUGUGCUUAUGUGCCACAAAACAUGUAACCAAAGGCAGUGUGUGAAAAGAA